GGUAGCUCUAAAUAUAAUCGAAUAUCAUCAGAAUUCAGAAAACAAAACAGUACAAAAAAAUAAUAGGUUUUCGUUAUUAAAUCUACAUUUUUUGUUGGUCUAUCUAAUAAUUUAUUACAAUAGCUAAAAAUGGACUACGACUAUCUCAUAAAACUGCUGUGUGUUGGUGAUUCCGGUGUAGGAAAAACGAGUUUUCUGUACAAGUAUACGGAUGGUGUUUUUCACACACAAUUUAUUUCCACUGUUGGAAUUGACUUUAGAGAAAAAACUUUGGUUUAUCAACAGGGUGGUAGACAACAUCGUAUUCAUUUGCAACUGUGGGACACAGCAGGUCAAGAAAGGUUUAGAAGCUUAACAACAGCUUUUUAUAGAGAUGCUAUGGGAUUUCUAUUGCUAUUUGACUUAACAAAUGAGGCAUCAUUUCUUGAAGUUAGAAAUUGGAUUGAACAGUUAAAGACUCACAGCCUUAUUGAAGAUCCUGACAUUGUCUUGUGUGGCCAUAAGAGUGAUCUUCAAGAGAAAAGAUUAGUGAAUCCAAAUCGGGCUAGAGAGUUUGCAAAAAAUCACAAUUUGCCAUACUUGGAGACUAGUGCUAAAACCGGCCUCAACAUUGACCGUGCCAUUGAAGUUUUGCUUGACAAAGUGAUGUUUAGAAUGGAGAACUCUGUCGAGUACGCAAUGCUGUGUGCCACGGGGAGAAGAAGGCAGUCGUUGCAGAAACUUCAAGCUAAACAGGACAGUAACUUGUGCUCCUGCUAACUGCAUGUGAUUAUACACAUUAUCUAGUAUUAAAUAUUGCCAAUUUUGAAAAUUUAUCAUUAUCUAUAUUGUAUACUAAUCUUGAAUGUAUUUUUACAAUUUGGAAUUUUAAUCAAAACCUAUCUAAAUAAGAUAAUGAAUAUAGACUGAUUUUGAUUUCCAUUUUAUUGAGAGUUUGAUUAUGUCAAUCUGAUAAGCAUUAGGAAUGGUAUGCGCAAAAAUUAUUAAUUUUAAUUAAAAAUAUAAAGCCUAUAAUAUAUAGUUACAUUUUGAAAAUUUUAGGUACUUGAAAAAGUCCUUUGGGCUUUAGUUCAAUGACCCUUGCUUUCUUUUGACUGUUACAGUCAUGUACGAAACCUUAUUAAUUUUUUCGUAUAUUUCUUAAUGGAUUAUUAUUGUUUAGAGAAUUUAGUGUAAAACAUAAUUAACAAUCACAGCAGAGAUAGACCUGUAUGCCAGUUUGACAUUUGUUUUAUGAAGCUAUACCUUAGAUUAAAGAUUAGUCUCUGCUGUGCUCCAACUAGAUACCGCAUGCGUAGUCGCAAAGUAUGGCAACUAAUACUACGCCCAAGUCGUACUCGACCCAGUCUCGAACAAUGUGUGACAUUGACGGUGCCACAUGUUUUCUUUAAACUUUGCUAAUAAUAGAAAGACACUGGGAUCACAUAUCAUCAGUAAAAUACUUACAUAUUUUAUUAAUUUCAAUGUAAAAUAACAGAAAGCGUAUGAUACUAAAUUUGAAACAUGCCGUUGAGUUUCAAGAUGCCACGCACACAAGCAUUGAAUAAUUGCCGAAUUAGAAAAGCUAUUGUUCUUAGGUAGUGCGGCAUCUAGUUUGAGCGCAGCGGAGUAUUUUAUAUUUUUAUUUUAUUGAAUAUCUUUUCCAUCUAUCUCAAUAUUUAUACCAAAAUCUGGGUUCCUUCAGUAUACAUCUUCUCAAUUACACAUAUUAUUUGUUUCAUUAAUACUGUCGACAUGCCUAUUGCUACAUAUUCGAAGGAACUAAUUUUUAUUACUUGGGGGCAUUUUUACCCGAUAGUGAAAACAAUGUAACAUAAUUUAUUUAAUAAUGUGUCCAAAAGGCUCUCAUAGCAUUGCCACUAGUAUUGUAACUACUUGUAUGCAAUGAACAGUCAAAUUCAAAAUAUAUACUUUAAAUUAUUCCUUUAUUAUUUUAAGCACAAUUUUAAUGUUAAGGCUAUAGUGAAAAGCUAGUCUGCCAUUCCAAAGAUUUUAUUAUAUACAAUAUACUAUGUGUUUGAAUCUAGUCUUAAAAUAUUGUUAAAUAUUAUUUUACUUUUAAUAUUAUACUUAAAUUGUUAGCAUAGCAUGUAAGGGUAGAAUUAAGUCCGGUCAAUCUAGAUUCUAGACAUUCGAAGGUUCAUAAAAUCAAAACAAACUGAAAAUCACAAAAAAAUUUCAAAACAUAAUUUACCAGUGGGAGGCUCUUUUGAAUGCUGGCUAGAUUAUGGGUACCACAACGGUGCCUGUUUCUGCCGUGAAGCAGUAAUGUGCUAACAUUAUUGUGUUUCAGUCUGAAGGGCGCCGUAGCUAGUGAAAUUACUCAGCAAAUGAGACUUAACAUCUUAUGUCUCAAGGUGACGAGCGCAAUUGUAGUGCCGCUCAGAAUUUUUGGUUUUACAAGAAUUCUGAGCGGCACUGCAUUGUAAUAGGCAUGGCGUAUCAAUUAUCAUCAGCUGAACGUCCUGCAAAUCUCAUCCCUUAUUAUAAUAAAAAAAAAUCAAAUAAAAAAUUUAAGUUCACCAUUAUUCCCGUGUACGGAAAGAAAUUUACUCGAGGUCAAAGGUCAAAAUUGUUGUUUUUUGCGAUUUUCAGCAAAACGGUAAGUUUUAUCAUAAAAGUACUCAAGAAGAAGAUCAUAAUCAUGAAAUUAUUGAUUAUACAAUUAUCUAUAAAAAAAAUGUCUGAAUAUUAUCUUCCUACGAUCCACCGUUUCUGAGAUAUAACGAUUCAAAAAGUUGUAAGAAUUGGUCUCGUAAUAAUAUGCACACGUUUCCACGCUACCUCAUAGGUAAAAAUAUAGACUGAUUUUGAUUUCCAUUUUAUUGAGAGUUUGAUUAUGUCAAUCUGAUAAACAUUAGAAAUGGUAUGCACAAAAAUUAUUCAUUUUAAUUAAAAAUAUAAAGUCUAUAAUAUAUAGUUACAUUUUGAAAAUUUUAGGUACUUGGAAAAUUCCUUUGGGGUUUAGUUCAAUGACCCAUGCUUUCUUUUGACUGUUACAGUGAAGUAAAAAACCUUAUUAAUUUUUUCGUAUAUUUCUUAAUGGAUUAUUUUUGUUUAGAGAAUUUAGUGUAAAACAUAAUUAACAAUCACAGCAGAGAUAGACCUGUAUGCCAGUUUGACAUUUGUUUUAUGAAGCUAUACCUUAGAUUAAAGAUUAGUCUCUGCUGUGCUCCAACUAGAUACCGCAUGCGUAGUCGCAAACUACGUCAACUAAUACUACGCCCAAGUCGUACUCGACCCAGUCUCGAACAAUGUGUGACAUUGACGGUGCCACAUGUUUAUGUUCUUAAUGCGUUUUUUGUCGUUAUAUUUCAGAAAUGGUGGUUCGUAGAAAGAAAAGUAUCUAUACAUUUUUUAUAGAUAAUUUUAUGAUCUACAAUUUUUGACAGGGGCACCUUCAUGAUAAAACUUAUCGUUUUGCUGAAAAACGUGAAAAACAAAUUUUUUUCAUCUUUGACCUCGAAUAUUUUUUUUUCCAUACACGGGUCAAAAAGCCCACUGAGUUUGUUGCGCCCGUUCUUCUCAGGUCUGAGGCAUUCAUUUUGGAAUGGGUGGUAGUUUUUGACUUUACAUAAGUGAUGUCACAUCCUAUUUUGAAUGAGAAUAUUUGAAUUUGAUGGGAAUCUUAAAAUUUGUAUGUAAUAUUAUGUUUUGAACAAUUUUACUGAUUUUCAGCUUGUUGUGAUUUUAUGAACCUUCACCCUCGUAUUUUGGUUUAGAUUGACCGGACUAUAUUCAAAUAGCGUAAGAUUAUUAUUUGGCUGAAAUUUGUGUUUAAGAGGUUCAUUUCGCAGUAUAUUAGUGUCUGACUGAAUAUAUAAAAGGUCUGAGGUCAUGUACGACCGACAGGUUCAGGUUCCAUACCAUCAUACAAGAUAUAUGCAUAUACAUACCACGGACUAGUAAAAAAAUAAGGACUCCGUGUCACCUUACAUAACAGUGUAGCACCAAAACAAGCCGAUUAACGUGUAAAUACAUAGCCCUACGCACACACUUACACUUCUACAGGCCGAUAGGCGGCCAUUAUGAGAAUGGUCAUCGUCUGUGAUAGAUCAUUUGCGUCUCAAUAAAAUAUUUUAAAAAUGCCGUCGUGCGUUGUGAAAAAGUGUAAAAUCGAUACUUUAUAAGUAUUUGUGGCCAUGUAUGAUAAUUUAAGGGAGAAAAAAUUGUGUAACUAGUAUCCCCCGUAACCGCACACACACUAGCAUAACGGUGCUUCACUUGCUAAUAUCACGGCGCGGAGUCCUUUUUUUUACUCGUCCUUGAUACAUACAUGUUACUUUUAAAUACUUCAUUGAAUGGACAAUAGAGCGUACUAUAACAGUGCGUAAAUAGUAUAUUGUGCGACAAGUAAUCGACAGCAUCGCAUGAGUUGCACAUACUAUUUCGUAUUACAAAUGCGACGAUUUAUGUAUUAUUUCCAACUCCAUAUUCGUUUUUAAACUUUUGUAACGUAAAUUAUAAUUUUAUUUAUUAAAUUGAACUGUCAGACGCAUCAAAUCAGUUUUAUAUUUCGAAAUUUGCGUGUGCCGAGUAUAAUUUGCGUGCGACAAGUAAAAUUUUCGCACUCAAUCCACGCAUGUAAUUUUAAAAUGGGCAAACGGCUAUUUGUCUACCGCAACAGCGAGCGUCAAAAUACUACUUUUCCCGCAUGAGUAAGACAAAAUAAUCAAUACAUAUUUUAUUAUUAUAUAGUAACCGUACAAGGUGUACGGUUACUAUAUAAUAACGUAUAGUAGAGCCAACGGGUACAAAGUUAAAAUGUAAUAUAAUAAAUAAAACCGUUUAAAAAUUCUCGUGUCAUGGUGUUAAACUUUGAACUGCUCUGAAACCGCGUCACCGAUUCUCAUGAAAUUUUGAGUGGAUGUUGGGUAAGUCUGAGAAUAGGACAACAUGUAUUUUUCAUCCCCCUAAAUGUUAAGGGUGGUCCACACGAUUUUUUUUUUAAUUUUUUUGACAUUUUUUUUUAAAUUUCUUUGAUUAUGAGUCAGCUUAAAAAAAUACAUACAACUUCAAAUUUUCACCCAUCUACGAUCAACAGUUACUUUUGUAUUGCGAUUUUAAUAUCGGCAAUACAACGUUUGCUGGGUCAGCUAGUACCGCUAUAAUAUUAUUCUUGUCUAUGUAUUGUCAUUAACAAUUUUUUUAUUAUCAUAUCGCUCCAUUUUUAUUUUCCUAAACGACAAUAAUGGCUUCAAACGAAGAGAUUGUAUUCGAACGGUUGGCUCAGUGGAAGAGCGCUCGCACGGAACGCGAGCGGUCGCGGGUUCGAGUCCCGCAUCGUGGAUAAAUUUUGUUUUCAAAUUUAAUUUGUGUAAUUAAUCCCAGAAGUGAGGGUUACCACUUUAAAACAUAAAUUGUUUAGAUUUUAAGGAGCGACAUCUUAAGUCAAUUUCCUAAUAUGCAAAUAUUGGGGUUGAGCAGGUUGUCAACUGUAAAGUAGAUCCUGUAGAUGAAGCCACACCCUGAGAGUUGAAACAACACAUUGUACAAAUUAAAUGUGAAAACAAAAUUUAUCAACGAUACGUCUCUCUAACGGCUGGCUCAGUGGAAAGUGCGCUAGCACGGAACGCGAGAGGUCGUUGGUUCGAGUUCCGCAUCGUACAUAAAUUUUGUUUGCAAAUUUAAUUUGUACAAUAUAUCUUCAGUAUUUAUUAUAAUUUUACAAACUUUACAUAUUAUAUUAUUACAUUUGAUAUAAAAUUGCAUAACAUUGCAUCUUAAAAUCUUUUUUAUUUCUGAUUAAAAACCAUUGAAUUAUCUAACAAUGUCCUACUUGCACAAUCCAAUUGUAAAAUUUACUAUCUAAAGCAAGAACGGAUUAAAAAAUACAAACUGAAUUUAGACCAUAUAAUGUUAGCACUAUAUUUAGUUUAGUUUUUUGGGACCAAACUAAACGAGAGAUGGUAACCGUGGGUCCAGUAGAAAAGAUUAUAUUUAUUGUUUAAUACCUCUUGAAAGAUUGCCAUUACACAACCUCUACUAUAUACCACUGGACUGGCGGCUGUCAAAGUGCUUUUGUGCCUGUUUGAUAUUCGCCAUUUUGGCGCUCUUGGCCAUAGCGAGAGUCUGCGGUACUAAAACUAGUGAUGACAACCUCAGCUAAACAAACAUCGAUAGGAAUACUAUUCACAAAAUAAAAAUUGUGUACUUUAUUACGUUGAUUCUUGAAAUAUAAAUAACACGGAAAACGAACGAAACUAAUUCAAAAUGCAAAAAUACUUCAGAGUAUUGUACGUUCCUUCGCAGCCAUUUGUAUUAUACGUCAAAAUUAGUUCUCUGGACGCUCGCGAGUGGCGCUUCAAAUAGGCACAUCAAAUUGCUGUCAAACAUGGAACAGCCUGUCCAGUGGUAUUUAUACAGGUCAGUGGGUUACACAAUGCAUCUUAUAGCCCAGUCCAAAUCUGUGAUCCCUUGAUGAAGUAUCCAGAUUAGGUCAUCGGGUCUUAGAUAUAUCGCCUCAAAUGCCUCCAGCCCGUUUCUAGUUCUCAUUAAAUUCCUUGAGAUGUUAAGCAAUCAUUGCCUGUUUUGUCUGUACCGAAUUCCCCAUUGCUGAGGGCCGUGAUCUCUCUGAGGAUCUACCUUCCCAAUAACCAUCAGUAGUUCGAGGUUGUGUCCAUCCUUUUUAUAUGGCGAUAUGUCCAAAGAACUCCCAAGAUUCUACUGAGGCAGAUGGAUAAGAGUCUGGUUUUUACACCUCAAGUGUGAAGGAUGGAUUGGUUGGUGUAUAAUGCUGUCCAAGGAUUUGAAGCAUCUUCCUCCAGCAACACAUCUCAAAGGCAUCAAUGCGAUCUCUGUCGGCCUUCUUUAGUGUCCAUGUCUCGGCCCAAUAGCUAAAGAUGGAAAAAAUUUAACUGUUGACUAGACUCAUUUUAGUUUUUCGUGAGAUGUUAUAUAUACACUAACAUACUAACUUGGUAACCAUUAAUUGCUCUGUGAGCAUUUGACAUUUUUAUAGAAUUUAUGCUGUGGCUGCUUCAUUAGUUUGUACUCACUACAAAACCUAAAGUGCUGCCAUAUUACUUCGUAACACAAUAGUUCAGAUAAAGCUAAUUUUGUUAAAUUGUGAUGUUUUCAAAUUUUCUGUCGAUGACAUUUAGUUGUUAUAGUAAUUGUUUAUGUGCUUGGCAUAUUUAUAUUAAAUAUAUAUCUACGUGCAUAAUUUAAGUAAAUUAUGAUCCCCUUUUAUCAACUUAUUUGUACGUCUAAAUAGACUAUGACAACCGUGAAAACGUCAUAAAAAAUAGAAUUUAGAACUAACCUCUAUUUUGAACAAUUUACGCACACUAACACAAAGUGUCAUACAAAUCGCGAGUGUAAGACGUAGCUUGUCACGCACACUAAACUAAUAUUCCUGGCCUGUUUUUAUCGGUUGACUAUCUAGACGUAUAAAUUAUAUAAGCUUGUAUAAUUUACUGAAUUUCAAAGUGCAGGUUUUUGGCAAUGCUUAUCUCUGGAUCCAUAUUUGUAAUAUAUCAAUAAGUGUACGAGAGGUAAUUAUAAUAUUAAUUAAUACUUUAUAACUAUAUUGUAUUCUUUGUAAGCGAAUUUUUUUAUUAUGUGCCUAAUUUUUAGGUACAGAGUACUCGAGAGUAUGAAAAUAUCUGAAAUUCGAUUGUAAAAGUGCUUAAAAUUCAGGGUUUGAUGAGCUUUGUGGAUCUUUAUGUACUUAUUGUUACUUAGUAAAUAAGCCUGCUGUCACGCCAUACUAUAUAACACAAAUUUAUCAUAUUUUAAUGUAUAUUAAUUACUUAUAAUUACUAAAUGUGAAUUAAUUUUUAUUCAAAAAUAUAUCUUGUACUACCUGUCUAUAA